AUGUCCUCAAUCGCAAAAACUGUCAUCGCCACUGGCACCUCCUCGGGAUUGGGAUUCGAAGUAAUCAAGCAGUUACUCCAGCAGUCACAGCCAUACAGCUUCAUUCUGGGCGUUCGUGACACAGAGAAGACACGUGUUGCAUAUGAUGGUUUGAAAUUCGACACUUCAAAGCACAGCAUCUCUAUCUUGCCCCUGGAUCUUUUGAAUCUUAAAAGCGUGCAGUCCUUUGCCAAGCAAGCCCUCUCUGAAUUGGGUCAAAGGCCAUUGAAUUAUCUUUUCCUCGUUGCGGGCUUAGCUACCAGCGCCGAUGGACCAGGACCUCAUGGCUCGCAAUGGUGCGAGUCGUACGUAGUAAAUCAUCUAUCCCAGCAUUAUCUGACUCACCAAUUUGCUGGAAUCCUGUCUGCCUCGCACUCACGUAUCGUCAUUGUAUCUUCAGGUGCAAUUCGUAAUGUGAGAGGAGGCGACCCAAGCACUCUUGAUGUUGACCUAAAAGCAAACUCUGGUGCGGACGCAAGAGUAGUGUACAGUGCAUCGAAAUUCGCCCAGCUUCUGGGUGCACACUACUGGCGUCGUAGUCUCCCAGAUUGCAAAGUCGUGGCUGUUUCACCGGGUCUCAUCCCCAACACUAAGCUUGCCCAGAAAUCGGGCUUAGGAUUGUCCAUGGAUAUGCCCGAUGCCAAGACCGUGCCAGAGGGUGCCCAGAAUAUCCUCCGCGCCGUCACGGCCGAUAAUCUCCCCGCUGAUCCGGAACAGAUUCUCUUGACUAGCUGGGGUGAAUGGUGGCCCAAGGAUGUCUAUGCUUCGAGCCUUGAUCCCGCGUUGCAGGACAAGUGGUGUUUGAGCAAGCAGGAUAUUGAGAAGUCUGAGCCUGUGUUCAAUGAAUAA